UCUCUCGUCUUUUGUUCCCGUUUUGUUCUCUGCUGCUGGAGCUGCAAGACAAACACUAACCCGGCACAAUGAACCAGAAGGUGGUACUCAUCACCGGCUGCUCCUCUGGGAUUGGCCUCGCUUUGGCUGUCCACAUUGCAAAAGAUGAGAAGAAGAGGUUCAUGGCUUCAGAUGACUUUUGCUGUUGUAGUCUACGCCACCAUGAGGAACCUGAGUAAGGCCGACGCUCUGAUUGAGGCAGCAGGUCGGACCCUGGGCCGGACCUUGGAGAUCAAGCAGCUGGACGUGUGUGACGAGGCCUCCAUCAAAGCCUGUGUGGACAGUCUGCCUGAGCGCAGGGUCGACAUUCUCAUAAGUAAUGCUGGGAUUGGUCUGAUUGGACCCAUCGAGUGUCAGUCUAUUGAUGAGAUGAAGACUCUCAUGGACACCAACUUCUUUGGACUUGUGCGAUUAAUGAAGGAAACCCUGCCUGACAUGAAGCGCAGGAAAAAAGGUCAUAUUGUGGUCAUUAGCAGCGUCAUGGGGAUUCAGGGGAUUUUAUUCAACGACGUCUACGCAGCAUCUAAGUUUGCACUGGAAGGCUUCUGUGAAAGCUUAGCAAUACAAGUCCUGAGGUUUGGUCUGAACAUCAGCCUGAUAGAGCCAGGUCCAGUGAUUACAGAGUUUGAGCGUAAGGUUUAUGAGGAGGGCCUGAAGAUUGAUCUCAGCAAAGCAGACAAAGUGACUGCUGACAUGUUCACAAACAUCUACUUGAAGAGCUACAAACAGAUCUUUGAGACCCUCGGGCAGGUUCCUGAGGACGUAGCAGAGCACACCUUCAAGGUCAUCACCAUGGACAAUCCGCCCUUCCGUCACCAGACAAACACUCUUUACACCCCUAUGACCACACUCAAAUACGCCGACCCCGGCGGUGACCUCCCAAUUGAAACAUUUUACAAAAUGGUAUUUGAACACGACAAGGUCUUCACCACCAGCCUGAACUUCUUCAAACUUUUGCGCUGGAGGAGCAGAAAGAGUUUUAGCUUAGAUAAGAGCAACUGAGUGCAUGUCAUGUGUGUGUUAUUUCUGUGACACAGGCUCAUUUACCUGUAUUUUCUUUCUUCCCCUUUGGAAUUAUGAGCUGAAAUAAAGAAGCAUAUGAAAAGCAGUGA